AUGGCGUAUCUCCGCUCUGCCAUUGAGAACUACCCCUAUGUCGCGAUGGAUACCGAGUUCCCAGGCAUUGUCGCACGGCCCAUUGGCAACUUUCGGGGCUCGACGGACUACCACUACCAGACGCUGCGGUGCAAUGUAGACCUGUUGCGUCUGAUCCAGAUUGGUAUUACGGUGUGCGAUGAGCAGGGUAACCUCCCCCCCGAUACGUGCACCUGGCAGUUCAACUUCCACUUUGAUGUCAACAACGAUAUGUGUGCGCCCGACUCGCUCGAGCUCUUGACGAAAGCGGGCCUGGACUUUGACCGGCAUCUUCACUUUGGCAUUGAUCACGAGCACUUUGGCGAAAUGCUGAUCACGUCGGGCCUCGCGCUCUUUGAGGACGUCAAGUGGAUUUCCUUCCACUCGGGCUACGACUUUGGCUACCUGCUGAAGCUCGUGACGUGCCUUCCGCUGCCCUCGCACGAGUACGAGUUCUUUGAGCUGCUGCACCAGUGGUUCCCGUGCGUCUAUGAUAUCAAGUACCUGAUGCGCUCGUGCAAGACGCUCAAGGGCGGCCUGCAGGACGUCGCAGACGACCUCCAAGUAAGCCGCAUCGGGCAGCAGCACCAGGCCGGCAGCGACAGCCUGCUCACCGCUUCUACCUUUUUCAAGCUGCGCGAUCGCUUCUUUGAUGGGUCGAUCGACGACGAAAAGCACUUGGGAUGUCUGUACGGCUUUGCCAACACCACCAGCGCUGUCUUUUUGCCAUCGGGCAGCAUCGUGUACCAAGCGCAUGGCGUCACGACGCCGGGCAUGCAGCAUGCACAGGCCGUCGUACCGACGCCCCUUACCCCGGGAAGUAGCGCCCCGCUGCAUUCGCCGAUGAGCUCCCACGUUCCGGCCGGCCGCCGUGCUGCAGAGGCCGCAUAG